UGAAAUCGAAAAAGAAAAAAAAGUAAAAUUGAGUAACUGAGCGCGAUUCACUUUCUUUAGUAGACAGUGAUCGACUAUUGACUCUCUGUACCUACUGAUAUUAUCAUUCUUUGACAAAAUAUUACGUGCAACAACUGUUCAUGGUUAAUAGUGUCAAGGGCAAAGCAUGCGAAUUCUCCAUCGAUAUAUUUCUAGGCAUACAUUAUCCUGGGUUGAUUAAACAAAUAAUGAUGUUUAAUUUUCAUAAGCCAAAAGUUUACCGCUCACCCACGGGAUGCUGCAUUUGCAAAGCCAAAUCAAGCAGUUCUCGGUUUACCGACAGUAAAAAGUACGAAUCUGAAUUUACGAAGUGUUUCCUACUAAAAGAACCUCGCACCGGUGAGAUUUGUAACGCAUGUGUUCUUUUGGUUAAACGUUAUAAAAAGCUACCUCCUGGUUCACAAAAGAAUUGGGUUUAUAUAGUCGAUAGUCGUGGAGGACCUGGCGUUAAAUCGUCAUCGAAAUAUAAAUCUAAGAAAAAGAAGAAACCUAAAGAUAUUCCUGAAAAAAUUGUUAAAAAGAAGCAUGUUUAUGUUAAAUCUGAAGAUAGAGAGCGUAGCCCUGUGAUAAAUGACGAUGUAAAUGAUGAAUUUUUGAGUGGCAAUGGAAGCAAAGAAUCUAGUAGAUCUGGAAGUCCCGAAGAAUGUGAUGAUAUCGAAAUGACAGAAAGCACACCAACUGAAAAGCAUCGUAUCAACAGUAACGAAGAAUUAGCUUAUAGUUUCAUCGAUUUGGACUAUUUUAGAAGAACUACAAUUUGUUGCGGAGUCAUAUUCAGAGGUCAAUAUGAUGAAAUUAUCGUAGUCCCAGAACUGAUUAAACGUUGUUCACCCUGCAUUAUGCGACAACAACAACGUAGACAGAUAGAAAAAAAUAUUGCAGCUAAUAGUCCAUUCCAUAGCUCGGCAUCAACAAGCCCAGCUUACAGUGCAUCCUCGUCGAGUCCUGCUCAUAGUCCUGACUCCACUACAGAUGCUGCUGGAACCAAAUCUACAGGUAAAGUGUUCAGUGAUAAUUCAUGGGAUUCUGGAUAUGAUGAGUCUUCCAACCAAGGAGUUGGUGAGAAUAAAGUUGUCCAAAAUAAUCUAAAUAAUAUCACAAGCGUGAUUGACUCAACUAAUAAUAAUUCAAUCCAAGCAGUUCAAUUAAAAUCCACGCCGCCAACAGAAACUGUCAGAUUAGUUCAAGUACCAAUUAAAGUGAUAAAACCAGCUGAAAAAUUCGGAAACAAAUCAAUUCUUUUAUCAUCUAAAAGUCUGACUAGUACAAACAGCCAUCCUCAUACGAUAAUAGGUAAUCCUCUUGAUGAUUUCGCUACUCAUGCUGUAGCGAGACAAUCUGUCAUUAAUUAGUAUCGUUUUUAUCCUAGACUUGAUUAAUUUAUUUUAACUUUUUUUUUUUUAUAAGAUAGUUAAUUGUAAUUGAAUGAAGUAACAACGUUGCUGCAUUUAAAUUAUUAAAGAAAACAAUACUAUAUCCUGGCAAUCGUAUGGUAUUUAUACAUAAUUAUUAACCAAGAAAACUAUUUCAUGAAGAUGAUGGGUCAUCUAGCAAAAAUUUAAUUUACUUGUCAAGGAAGAAAAAAAAACUUAAAAAAAAAAAUGAAGUAGAAAAAUUGUAGCUAUAAAUUUUAUUUAUUGUGAAUAACUUAUUUUCAAAUUUAUUUAAUGUAUCGCGAUGAAAAAUUUAAUAUUUGGAGUUUUUUUUAGAGAAAAAAUUGUAAAUUGUAAAAAAAAUUGAUCAAUCAUAUUCCCUAUUUGAUGAUAUGCAUCAAAAUACUGUGAUAGUUAUGGUAUAUUGAUAUUAUAUAUUUUAAAAAUAUUCGUAUAACUGGGAAAUUAUUAUUAAUAAUGUAAUAGUUUUCAAAUUUAAUUGAUUUAUGAUGCCCAUCUUAUCAAUUCUAAUCAAACAAGUCUUCUCGAUAAUUUAUUGCUAAUCAUGAGAAUAAAUAAUACAAUUUUACACGUAAUGUUCUAAGAUGCCAAUUAACUUUAUUAACAUUUAAAUUAUUUAAAGUAAUCGAAUCGUUUAAAAUCGAAAUUAAAAUAUUUCCUUGUGAACAUAUAAAUAUACAAAAACUAUUGCAUUUCGGAUUAAUCGCAAUCUCCAUGACGUUAAGAGUUUAUUUACUCAAAUUAAAAAUAGGCGUGCUCGGAUAUUAAAACUAAAAAAGAGAUAUGAUGACCCAAUAAUUUUAUAGCAAUAAAUGUUAAAGAAACUUUUUAUUUUUAUGAAAUUUACCAAGAUUUAAUGAAAAACUUUUUUUUCUUUUUUCUAGCACUUAUGUUGUAUUAAAAGUAAUAAAAUUUUAUCCGAAACGAUGUUUAAUCAAGAAAAUUGUUGAAUAAAUCAAUGUUAAAGUGCAAAAAUUAACGAUGCUUAUAAGUUGAACUAUUUCAAAAAUAAGGAUGCGAACAAAUAUUAAAUGGCUGAUGAUUAAAAAUUUUCUGCAUGACUCAUAAUACGAAACAUUAGAGAGUGCUUUCUUUACAGAAAGAAAUUUCUUUUUCGUUUUUUUUUUUCCUUUUACUAUAAAAAGUCAAUUGUAUAUUAAAACGACGUACAAAGAUUAGUUUUAUUUGUAAUGUGCAAUAUAUGUCUUUGUGUCUCGAUAAUUUGAAGGG